AUGGACCAACUUCCAAUUGAAACCCAAAGAGAGUUUGAGAGUACUAGAAAUACAAAAUAUCAAUGGAUGAGUUGUGCAUUCAGUUUAGUAGUAUUUGUUGUACAUGGUAUAAUUUUCUUUUGGAUCCCUAGACACUUAAGACAGAAAAGGUUUGUUAAAACAAACAGGUUUAAAACGAUGUUUAUUCUAUACAAUAUAUGGAACACUUUUAAUUAUACAUUAUCUUUCAAAUUUAAAAGAAGAGUCAUAUAUUUUAAACCAAGUGUUUUAUUAUUGUUUUUAUUAUAUAUUUUGGUGAAUGGAAGACUAUGUUAUCAAAAUACACUUGAUAUCACGUAUAUUCCAAGAUUUUCAGUAUUGGCUAAAAGAUGUGCAAGAAUUGGUAUUGCUCAAGUUCCAGCAGUAUUUUUAUUAAUUACAAAAGGUGAUUUUAUAACUGGUGUUACGGGUUUAACUUAUGAAAGAACUACUUUUUUACAUAUUUGGUUUUCAUUUAUGAUGUUUAUUUUAGUUACUUUUCAUGUUAUUGUUGUUUGUUAUUUUUGGGCAAGACCUCAAUAUCAAGAAAUUCAUCCAAAAUAUCCUAAGAAUGCAUUUGGUAUUACUGCCUAUGUUACUUUUACAUUUUUAGCAUUAGGGAAUAUUAAAUUUAUUAGAAAAUAUGCUUAUGAUUAUGCAAUGGUUCAUCAUAGAGCUCAAUCUUUUAUUAUGUUAUUAAUGGCAUUUUUCCAUAACGAUAGUACAAAGGCAAUGGUUGUUGUUGGUGUUCAUUUAUUAGUUAUUGAUAAAGUUGUUGGUAGAAUUUAUGGUAUUGUACAUUCAAAAAAAUCACCAACAAAAGGGUGGUCAACUUUUGAAAUUUUAGAUGAUGAAAUUAUGAAAAUCUCAAUUCCUAUCAAAAUUAAUAAAAAUUUCAAUCCUAAUUCAUGGUUUGGAUUAAUUAGGUUCAAAUAUGGAAAUUGGAGACCUGGUCAACAUAUUUAUUUAAAUGUACGUAAAAUUGAUUAUUUUCAGCACCAUCCAUUUACAAUCACAAGUUUGUCAGAAACAGGUAAGAUGGUUGUAUUGGUUCGUAAGAGAAACGGUUUCACUAAGAAAUUGUUUGAAAAAGUUGGUGCAUUAAAAGAAAAACAAUUAUUUGGAGAAGAAACAAUGAUGGAUUAUAUUCCUUGGUACAGACCAAAAUUAGAUGUUUAUUUCAAUAAAGUCAGAAGGUUAAUCAAAAAGAAAGAAGUUUCAACAGAGGAAAUACCAGAUUAUAGAAAAAUCGAAGAUCCAAAUACUGUCAUUUUAAAAGUUGCUUUUAGGGGUCCAUCAGGUGCAAAAAUGCAACCACUAAUUACUUUUGAUUCUAUUGCAUUUAUGGCUAAAGAAUUAGGUGCUUCAUUCAUUUUACCAGUUUGUUUAGAUUUAUUACAAACUAUUGAUACCAAAGAGAUCGAAAAGGAUUAUUUAUGUAGACCAGAUCAUCCUGUUAUUUCGAUUUAUUGGACAGUAAAAUCUGCUAAAGCUAUCAAAUGGUACAAACACGUUAUUGACAAGUUAAUUCCUUUUAUCAGAACUGGAAAAUUACAAUUCAACAUUUUCAUUAAUUCAGAUGAUGUGAUUGAAUUUAGAGACAAGGAACUUUCAAGAGUAGAAGCCGAUAAUACAAUUAAUGACAGCUCAAUAAAUAUCACAACAACUGAUCCAUUCGACACCUUUACGGCUAAUAAAGUAACCGAAAUUACAAAUACCGAAAAGGUCAUUACUAAAACUGAGUCAAGUAGUUCAGGAUCCAGUGAAGAUAUAGAUGAUUCAAUUUUGAACAAAUUAUACGAACCAUUAAAUAUCAAUCAACAAUUAAACAAUCAUAUAACAAAUUUAAAAUAUACAAAUAAAUCAUAUUUCAAAUCUUUAGCUAUAGUAAGUUGUGGUGAAGAUGUUACCUUUGGUAAAGAAGUUGAAUAUAAUUUACAAAAUUUCAGAUGGAUGAAAGAUGCACCAAAUAUUUAUUUUUUUAAUGAAUCAUAUGAUACUUAG